UGGCGAGGACCCAGUGAAGAUGGCGGAACGCUCUGUUCUUUUCGUCUGUUUGGAUAUUGCCUGACCUAUUGAGUGUUUCCAGCCUUGUUCUGUUCGUUAUUGAGAACUAACAAGAUGAGCAACAGGAAACUCUGUACCGACAACAGUGGUAUCAUCAGCGUAUGAUGGUGUUUGAGCUAUGUCUAGCCACAAUCAUGAAUUCGGAGCACAUAUCCUUAAACGGCAAUAUUUGUCGAUCUCCAAUUGCUGAAGCUAUCUUCAGGAAGCUGGCAACAGACCAGGGAGUAAUAAAUAAAUGGAUGAUAGACAGUGCUGGUGUAAUUGACAUCAAUGUUGGGAAGUCCCCAGAUUCAAGGGCUCUAAACUCUUUAAGACAGCAUGGCAUUGAGACAACACAUAAGGCAAGACAGGUAACCAAGAAUGAUUUUGCAACAUUUGAUUUUAUGCUUUGCAUGGAUGAAAGCAAUUUGAGGUCUUUAAAAUCAAUGGCUGGAAAAGUAAACAAUCCAAAGUCAAACAUAAAAUUACUUGGAUCAUUUGAUCCACAAAAGAAGCAUAUUAUACAAGAUCCUUAUUAUGGAAAUGAAUCAGAUUUUGAAGAAGUGUACCAGCAGUGUUUAAGGUGUUGCACAGCAUUCCUGGAGACUACUACUUAAUUAUGUUCAAGGGGAGUUAUUUUUAUCAUGUAUUAGAACAAAUGAUAUCCGUUCAAUAUGGAUUUACCAACAUCAUUGAUUUCAGAUUUCCAGAUCUAGUUACUGGAAAUUAAAUUAAAUAUUUAAAAUUAUUAGCUAUAUAUGUUUCAAUGUUCCUGUUUUCUCUGUAGUGAGUAGACAAACGUAUUCAUCCAGGCAAAUUUUAAAACUGAAAAAAUCUCAUUAAAACUUGCAUUUGAUGGUCUUCAUGAAUUUUUAAUGAGGGUAAUUUCAGGGAAGUAUGGUAUGGAGCUACGAAGUUAAUAAUAUGGUUGAGAGUUUAAGUAUGUUUAAGAAAGGGUGAUUAAUUGCUAAGCACAUUAAAUUUAUUCUGUAUUGAUGUUGCUCAACUAAUUCCUUUCCACUUUUUAAAAAUACAUUUCAGCCUGAAUGACUUGAAUGCUAGAAAUUUUCUCAUACCACAAAACAUGUAAAGAAUUACUAUUUACAAUUAUCCAUUUAAUGCUGUUCUUUGAGAGAUAAAACUACUUUGGUUAAAUAAAAACUUGAAUUUAUAUAGCACAUUUAUAAUUGUUAGCAAU